UUCAUAAACAAAUUCACAGGAGAUCAAUCGCUCGGAAAGUUUUGACAGGUUUUGUGUUUUCGAUUUCUAAACUCAAAUUUGUAUAUCUCAGUGUUAUUUUGGUGUAUCACAGUGUAUAUUGUUGAUAUUUUGGUACAAUAAUGCCUGGGGACGACAUCCACGAGCCGGAUACACCGGCAACCCAACGUCUGACGAACGAUGAUUUCCGUAAAUUGCUGAUGACCCCGAAAGCCCCCAGUGGUUCAAGUCAUGCAGCUGGAUCGGUCCGGGAUGCCAUGGCCAAAGCAACGUCCACCGCCGCGUCAUCGUCGGUGAUGAAACCACCUUCUACCGAGCGGCAUGAGGCGCGCCGGAAGAAGAAAAAUUUCUACGCCCAGCUUAAGAAGCAGGAAGAUAACAAGCUUGCGGAAUUGGCAGAAAAAUAUCGUGACCGCGCUCGAGAGCGACGAGAUGGUGCCAAUCCCGAUUAUCAGAAUCUGGAUCCUGCAAAUUCGACCAGUGGUUAUCGAGCGGUCGCCCCGGAUAUAAAAUCCUGCCUGGACACGGCCGAACGACGUCGGCAGCAGAUACAGGAAUCUAAGUUCCUGGGUGGCGAUAUGGAGCACACUCACUUGGUCAAGGGUCUCGAUUAUGCUUUGCUGCAAAAAGUUCGCAGUGAAAUUGUAGCGAAAGAGCAGGAGUUGGAUGAAGAAAUGGAAAAGUUAGCUGAUAUCCCGGCGGAGACCCAGCAGAAGCAACCGGUCCCCGAGAAGGAACUGCAGAAAGGGGACGAAAUCGAGUUUUGAACUGGCAUGGGGAAGAAUAUUCAUCGGAUCUUGGAGAUACAACGCUCGCGACACGUCGAACGCAACGAAAUGUUUGCCCCGGGCCGUAUGGCCUAUCACAUCGAAUUGGAGGACGAGAAUGCGGAAACGGACAUUCCUACGACAGUGAUUCGAUCGAAGGCAGAAGUACCGUUGGUGGCUGGUGAUACUCAAACUCUCACGACUAACGAUAUAGUCAUCAACAAACUGGCUCAGAUUUUGUCUUAUCUUCGUCAGGGUGGACGAGGAAAGAAAAACAAGCGUAGGGACAAGGACAAACCGUUGUUCAAGCUGCCGGAUGACAAAAACAUGGAUGAUUCUAUCUAUGGUGACAUUGGAGAGUAUAAGCCAACACGUCGCUUUGAUCAAGGAGCUUCUUCAUCGAAAGUCGAUGAUGGCCAAGAGAAACAUCGAUAUUUCGAUAAGCCAAGUGAACAAGAAGAACGCGAAGCUGGGGCCAUUCAUAUUCCUGCUCCACCAAAGCUAUCUGCUCAGCUGAUAACAAAGCUAACGGCGGAGCCGGAAGGAUACGCUGAAUGUUAUCCUGGAUUACAAGAGAUGAAUGACGCUAUCGAUGAUUCCGAUGAUGAGGUGGACUACACUAAAAUGGAUCUCGGUAAUAAGAAAGGUCCCAUUGGUCGGUGGGAUUUCGACACCCAAGAGGAAUACUCGGACUACAUGAGCAGUAAAGAAGCUCUACCUAAAGCUGCUUUCCAGUAUGGUGUGAAAAUGCAAGAUGGACGUAAAACUCGCAAGCAUAAAACGGAGAAAAACGAGAAGGCUGAAUUGGAUCGUGAGUGGCAGCAAAUUCAGAACAUAAUUCAUAAACGAAAGGCGAAAGAGGGUGAUUCUGGCGAAAGCGACAUGAAAAAAGCUAAGCAGUAAAAUAGAUCUUAUCGAAGGUAAUUAUUAACAAAAUAUAUAAAUUAUCAUAUAUACUAUUAACUUAUGCGCUAGCAGUGAAUUCAAAUGAAACUAUAAUAAAUAUUAGGUACCAU